AUGAGCGCACCCAAAAACGCCCCUGCAGCGGCCAAAGCAGCAGGUGGCUCAAAGUCGCUCCAAGCCUCAUCACCAUCACCACCAACACCACCACCACCGCCGGCGGCCUCCACCGGCAACACCACCCAGCCCCCACCAGCAGCCGCGCCAUCAUCGGCCUCGGCAAAGAACAAGAAGAAGAAGGCCAAGCAAAGAGCCAAAGCAGCGGCCGCAAAGCAAGCUGCUGCUGGCGGCGGCGGCGCAGGGACUGGCGCAUCGACGCCGACGAGUGGAGGAAGCACACCCGUCACCGUCUCCGAGCCGACCUUUGCUGCUGUCAACCUGCCUGGGCCCCCGGCAUCCCACGCCCCGACCCAGAAGGACCUCAACGGCCUGGCUGAGGAGCUCAAGCGCGAGGCCGCUCCUCAGGCAGCUGCCCAGCUCACUGCGCAAGAGUCGGCUAAACCUCCCCCAGUUCCCAUCACAGCCCCACUCUUGCCCGCCGGCGAGGAGCAGCCCGACUUUGGCCAGCGUGGCUCGGCCGGCGCCGGCUUCCUCCCUGAGGAAGGCAUCCCCGCGCCGCUCCCUCCCAACGCCAGCGCCAUGUUCGUGGACGACGCCGAGGACGCCGCCUUCGACAUCAGCGUCAACCCCGAGGACAACACGUUCGAGGCACCUCCACGGCCACAGGCGCAGACGCACCCUGCCACGUCGGUCCUUCCCUCUGCAGAGCCGAUUGUUGACAGCGACUUUGUGGAGGGGGCUUUCGGCGAGCCUCAGACGCUGGAGGCGGCUCUCGGAGCUGACGAGGCGGCGCCGAUCACAGCCAAGGCAGCAACUACGGUCGCUCCUGCUGUCAUUGAGGCGCUGGCACCUGCCCCAGCAGCCCCUGCCCCAGCUCCAGUUGUCCCCGCAGCUUCCGCUACUCCGGCGGUCCACACCACUCACGCUCAUGCUGCCCACGUCGACCGCUUCGCAGCGGACGACGACUUCAAGCCAAAGCCCGACAUCCCCGCCGACUGGGUGAGCUCCACUCCGGCCCCGAUCCCAGACCAGGAGUCUGGUCCUGUACACGCCUCGGCUCUGUUCAGCGACGAGGCUGAGUCGGCUGCGUUCGACAUUCCCGAUGUUGAAGAGGACACGAGCCUCAUCCCGCCUCCACCCAAGGCGCGCGCCAGCCAGGCCCCGCCAACCCCCAAGGAUGUUGGAGGUGUUGGUGCUGGAAGCGCACCGGCUGGCUGGGUUUCGUCUGACCCAGCCCCGAUUCCAGACCAGGAAGGAGGGCCUGUCCACGCCUCGGCGCUCUUCUCAGACGAAGCCGAGUCGGCUGCUUUCGACAUCUCAGACGUCGAGGAAGACACGAGCCUCAUCCAGGGCCAGGCGACCGCCGCGACUCCGGCUGCCAAGUCACGCGCCACCCCCGCCCCAGCAACUAUCCCCGCAGACUGGGCUCGCUCCAACCCCGCCCCCAUCCCCGACCAGGAAGGUGGCCCCGUUCACGCUUCUGCGCUGUUCUCCGAUGACGCCGAGACCGCCGCGUUCGGUGUUCCCGACGUCGAGGAGGAUACAAGCCUCAUCCCGCCCCCACCACCCGCGAGCAAGGUGGCCCGUCAGGCCGCUCCUCAGGACGUUGGAGGCGUUGGUGCUGGAAGCGCACCAGCGGGCUGGGUGUCGUCUGACCCUGCGCCCAUCCCAGACCAGGAGGGAGGUCCGGUUCACGCAUCUGCUCUCUUCUCUGAUGAGGCUGAGACGGCAGCGUUUGGUGUUCCUGAUGUGGAGGAGGACACGAGUCUACUGAAGACUCAGCCUGUCGCCACUCAGCCUGCUGCCACUCAGCCUGCCCCAACUCGGACUGCAGCCUCUCAACGUGCUGCUGGCAUCCCCGCCGACUGGGUCCGUUCAGACCCAGCGCCGAUUCCGGACCAGGAAGGCGGACCGGUCCACGCCUCCGCUCUUUUCUCUGACGAUGCCGAAACAGCCGCGUUUGGUGUUCCCGAUGUCGAGGAGGACACCUCGCUUCUGAACCAGAAGAGCACCCCUCAAGCCGCGGCCAACAUCCCAGCUGACUGGGUGCGCUCCGACCCUGCUCCGAUCCCCGACCAGGAGGGCGGCCCGAUUCACGCCUCCGCGUUGUUCACCGACGACGCAGAGUCUGCCGCGUUCGGCAUCCCCGAUGUGGAGGAGGACACGAGCCUCCUGCAGGGACAGACCAGGGUUGCUGUACCCACAGCAGUCGACCCAUCACCACCACAGGCUCAGGAGACUGGAGUUGCUGUUGGCACCGCGCCAGCCGGCUGGGUGCGCUCCGACCCCGCACCCAUCCCAGACCAAGAGUCUGGUCCGAUCCAUGCCUCGGCUCUUUUCACUGACGACGCCGAGUCCGCCGCGUUCGAUAUCCCCGAUGUAGAGGAAGACACGAGCCUGUUGAAGGCCGCUAGGCCUGCGGUUCGUGGCAUCCCUGCCGACUGGAUUCGGUCUGACCCUGCUCCUCUUCCCGACCAGCAGCCCGCACCAACGGCGGCGUCCGCUCUAUUCACGGACGACGCUGAGGAGGCCGCAUUUGACAUGCCUGAUGCUAUCGAGGCGACAAACGACGCAAACGCCUUGUUUACUUCUGAUGCCGAUCAAGGCGUGUUCGACAUCAAUACACAGCGUGAGAAGCCAGCCUACGCCCCGCAUGGCGAUGGCACCUCUGCUGCGGCCCUCUUCAGCGACGACGUCGAAUCCAUCGCGUUCGACAUUCCCACGAACAUGGACGUCGCAGACGGCGCUGUCGAUCUGUCGUCUACGGUUGCCAAGGUCGAGGGGGUUACGGCACCUCAGCCGCCUCAGCCGAUGUCGUCGUCCGCCGCGGCUCUGUUCAUCGAUGAUUCAGAGGAGGUCGCCUUCGACAUUGGCCAACCAGAAGCUCUGCAACAGGAUGCAGGUGCCCCCAGCACGGGCCCCGGAAAAGCCGGGCGGAACGAGCCGGAGGCCGCUGCCAACACGUCUAUCCACAGCAUGUUUGCUGGCGAUGAUGACUGGCUCGUCGACACCUCCAACGACGACACGCUCGAUUUUGGCAGGCAAGCCGACAAACGCAGCAACCUCGCUACGAUGGACGAUGAGGAGCCGUUCGAGAUCCCUGAUGGAUGGUACGACGACGACGGCAACUGGCACUGGUACACGGAAGAGGAGCGCGAGGCCGUUCGCCAGUCCAUGGUGGGCGAUUCAGCCUGGAACGCGGCCCCCGAUACCUCGGCAACUUUGGCGCCAGCGCAAUCCGAGAAUGCGGCAAGGCGCACGCCCGAGCCGGAGUCGCAAUCGGCUGUGGCGACCGCCGCUGCCCUCGCCGCCGCUGCGGCCGGUAUCGGUGCCGCUGCUGUCGCCUCCAACGCCUACGCGCCUGCACCAGCUGCCAACCCGUACGCGCCGGCACCUGCUGCGAACCCCUACGCCCCGGCACCUGCGGACCCAUAUGCGCCAGUGAAGAAGCCGGCCCCGGCACCGCAGCCGAACCCGUACACCCCUGCUCAGCAGCCGGGAGCGCUCUACACCCCUGGUUUCCAGCAGCCCGGUACCUUCUCACCUGCUGCUGGUGUGAACGCCUAUGCUCCGAUUCAGGCGCCAUCCCCAUACGCGCCUCAGCAGUCCGCAUACACGCCGACGGGGUACGCCCCGCCAGUCAACACGGCUGCGGCCUACGACCCGUACGCUCCUCAGCCAGGCAUCACGUCGCCCGUGUCGCCCAAGAAAGCGCCAGAGCCCAGGCCGCAGCCCAAGCGCGUCUCGUCCAACGCGUACGACCCGCCGCCUCUCAAGCCGCAGAAGAGCUUCAUUCGCGCCGCGCCCAUCGUCACGCCAGUGGAGCCUGUCGCCCCUCCUCCUCUACCGAACGCGCCGUUCAACAACGCUGCUCCGCCCCCAGCGCCUCCGGCCGGGCCGCCCAAGGGCCGCCCGUCAUCGCAGCGCGCCCCCUCGUCCAACGACAGGCCGCUGUCGCCCCCAGCGCGCAUCCCCUCGACCGGCGCCAACAACGCGUACGACCCACCUAUCGUCGUCAGGAACACGCCGCCUCCAGCGGCCGUGGCCCAGCCAACUGGUUACGCCCCAACCGGCUACUCGCCCGUCUCUCAUACCGCUGCGCUGCCACUCUCGCCGCCAACUGGCCCACCCAAACGGCUGCCGCCAUCGACUCAAACGCAGCCUCCUCCCAAGACGUCGUUUGACCCCCCAAUGCGCCCACCCUCGCGACCAAACUCGAGGCACGCCUCCAAGCCAGUCUUUGCGCCCCCACCGCCAGCUGGGGCUCCCCACGCCGGUGUUCCUCCAGUGCCUCCUGUGCCGCCCAUUCCGGCCGAGUUCCAGCCACCGCCGUCGAGCCGGCCGCCGCAGGGAGCGCCGCCUGCGUUCCAGCCGCCGCCUCAGCAAGGGUCGCCGUCAUUCCAGCCGCCCCCUCUGCCGUCGCAGCACGAAGCAGCACCACCACCGCCACCACCGGCCGGAGCGUCCCUCCCGCCGCCACCCCGCGGCCCAUCGCGUGGCGCAUCAAAGUCGCCAGCGUUUGCUCCGCCUCCCGUCUCCAGGAGCCCUCCCCCGCGCGUAGCUUCUCCGCAGCGCAAUGCGUCAGUCUCGCCGCCGCCCAGCGCGUGGCCACCGCAGCGAGGCCCCUCUCCUGGCCUCGGUGCACCUUUGCGAAGAGUGUCGUCGUCGCACACGGCGCCACCUCUGGUCCCCUCGCCUCUGCGCAACGAGUCGACCCUGCCGUCUCUGUCGGGAGCCCUGCACGGGGCCCACGUACUGCCUGAGCGCCAAGCCCCGAGUCAGGACGACUUUGACCCCGAGGGAGGUGCUGGUGGAUCCUGGGACGACGAGGAAGGUGGCCAGCCGAUCUCGGCCCCACCACGUCGUGAGAGCGUUGCCAAGGCUGUCUCCCCGCCGUCUGGCUACGAACCUCAUGUCCCCGAGCCGGCUCAGUCAGGCUAUGAGCCAGCGCCGUACGUUCCUCCCCCGCAGCCCGCCCAGCAGCCCACACAGUACCCAUCGCAGCCACCCCCGCUACCUCCUCAAAGACCACCCUCGCGGCCGCAGUACGAGCCUGCCCGUCAGGCUUCACCCAAGCCUGCCUCGCUGCCCCCCAAGCGCACUCCCUCGGUGCAAGCGUACACUCCCCUCGACGCCCCGCCGUCCGACAACCGUCGCCCGAGCUUCGAGCCAGUCCCGAUCCAGGCGCCCAAGGAGCAUGUGCAAGCGACGCUGCCUGUCGACGACCCCUACGCCGAGGACCCGUAUGCCCCUGUCAGUGCUCCACCUGCCCAGCCAGCGCCCGCCGACGACUACAACCCGUACGGUCCUUCGGCGUCGUCCGCGCAGACAAACGACUACAACCCGUAUGCCCCAGCUCCUGCUGCGCGCUCGAACGACUACAACCCGUACGAUGGCAAGCCCGCGCACGCAUCGCAGCCGCCGCAAAGUCAGCGGGGACAUGCGUCCAAGCCUUCUUGGACGUCGCAGACGUCUCAGAACGGAGCCGACCCGUACGCGCCGCCACAGCAGCGCAAUGUGAGUGGUGACCCCUACGCUCCGACACAUCAGCGCAACGUCAGUGGCGACCCGUAUGCGCCGACGCACCAGCGCAAUGUCAGCGCAGGCUUCACGCCGGUUAGCGCCAGGACGGAAGAGUACAGCCCGUACUCGCCUUACCCAGGCACCCAGUCGAACACAUACGAGCCUUCACCUUACGCACCUCCGUCGAACAACAACGCCACCGAGGGCCUCUAUUCGCCGGCGCUCGACCCGUACGGCCCACGCACUGUAUCCCCGCAGGCGACGUUUGGCCCCUCAACCCAGCAGCCCAACUACUUCCAACCGACAGGUCCGGCCGACCCGACGUACGUUCCUCAGCAGGUGCUCGAGCAACUCCCAGUCUCAGAGGACCCGCUUGGUCGUUGCACCCCUGCUGCACGCAAUGUCCCCAUCGCGACCUUUGGGUUUGGCGGUGUCCUUGUCACCGCGUUCCCCGGUGGUGCCGAGGCCGACAGCCCGGCGGACGGCGCUGUUUACGGCUAUGGCUCACACCGUGGCCGCGUGACGAUCCGCCCUGUCGAGGAAGUCGCGGAGAAGACUGCGCUCGGCUCCAACGAGACCGUAUUCCCCGGCCCGCUGGUGUUCGACACCUCGGCUCCCCGUGGCGCCGCCGGCGAGAAGAAGAAGCGCGAAGCCGUUUUAACGUACCUCACAACCCGCGCAGACGAGAUUGAGCGCGGCUUGCCUUACCUCAAAUUGUCUGCCAGCGCCGCUCGCCGCGAGGAGGAGGCCAAGCUCGUCAUCGUCCGCGUACUCACUGCUUUCAUCCAGGGCAACGGCCGCGUCUUUGGCGCUCCUGAGGCGGAGGCGGCAUGGCGGAGCGCUUUCCAGCCCCCUGCCUCCUCGCAGCCUUCUGCACCCCAGGCCAACGGCCUCGGAGCGCAGUCUGGCCCCACCACUGCCCGUGCAUCGCCUGCCCAACUGGCGCACCUUUCAUCGCUGCUCCUCACAGGAGAGAAGCGCGAGGCAGCGCAAUACGCGGCGACCUCUGGUCUCUGGUCGCACGCCCUCGUCAUCUCGAGCUCGGUGGACGCUGCUCUGUGGCGCGAGAUGGUCUCGCGCUUCGCCGCCGCCGACCUUGGCGCGACGCAGACCGCUGGACUCAAGGCCGCGUACGCUGUCUUCUCUGGCGUCGGCAACAGCACCGUCGACGACCUCUUCGCCGCCUCCAACGUCACCGACGACCCGUCCGCAGACCAGUGGCGUGAUGUCAUCGGGGCAGUCGUGUUCAACGGUAAGGCGACCGAUCUCAUCUGCCUCGACGAGCUCGGAAGCCGCUUCGCCCGCGCCGGGCUGUUCAACAUCGCGCAGAUCUGCUUCCUCCUGUCGCCCAACUCUCCCUUCUCGGACAUGUCGCCUGGAGCCGGCGAGCGCCAGAUCAUGUUUGUCGAGAAUGCGCGCGACGAAGAUGGCGAGAUCUUUGCCGAGAUUGCAGAGUACGCCCGCAGCCUCGUGCCCACUCCCAAGGGCGUCGACGUGCCGCACCCCGCGCUUCCGCAGCUCCUGCCUUACAAGCUGCACCGCGCAUGGCGGGCUGCUGAGCUCGGUGACACCGAGCUCGCACGCAAGUACUGCGACUCGGUUGAGGCGGCUUCCAAGCCGACCAAGAACUCGCCCUCGGGCCUCAAGCGUCACCUCGCGGCCAGCAUGGAGGACCUGAUCGAGCGGUUGACUGGCACGCCAUCGGUCAACCCGUCCAGCAGUCUCGGCGUACGCAAGUCCAAGUCGAGCGCCACGCUCGGCUCGUGGAUCGAGGGCCGCCUUACCAAGUUCAUCGCGGGCGAGGACGAGGUCCCCGAGGCGGCCAAGCCGGUCGCCGCGUCACCCGCGAAGAAGGAUGUGCCAGUUGGACCAUUCUCGCACUUCAGUUCCAUCAGCCCGGCGGCGAGCGGUGCCAUCUCGCGUACUCCAUCGGCUCUUGACAUGUCGCAACCAAGCACUGCCAACAGUAUGCUCGACCCAACGAUGGCCUUCACGCCCGGCACUAGUGGUACCGGUGGCGGAUACUCUCCCUGGGGAGGCAACGACGACGUUGUCGAUGAGCCGGCGACUGUUGCUUCUGUUGACCUCGGGGACGACGGUGGAGAGUUCAUCAACCCUAUGGGCAACCUCGUAUUCAGCGGGGGCCCGACGCCCACUGCGUCCGACUACACUCCCAAGCCGGCCGCCAACGACUUUGAAGAAGACGACGACGACGACCUCGGCAUGGGCAAUUCCUCGCUGUCGAGAAACAAGACACCAGUCGUUACGGACAAGAACGGGAACGGCGGUGACAGUUACGAGCCCAAGCCUGCAGACAAGGGCAAGGGCAAGGCUGCUCCUGCCGCCGCUUCGACACCAGCGACGUCCGAGAAGGCGCUUGAUGGCAAGCCCGAGAAGGCUGGCUGGUUUGGCGGCUGGUUUGGCGGCAAGAAGAAGGAGGGCGAGAGCGGAGGAACAGGCUACACCAAGGCCAACCUCGGCGACUCGAGUUCCAUGGUGUAUGACCCCGACCUCAAGCGUUGGGUUGUCAAGGGCGCCAAAUCUGCCGCAGCGACUCCCAAGGCGGCUCCGCCACCGCCAUCUCGCGCGCAGACCGCCUCGCCGUCUCACAACCCACGGGAAGCGAUCACUGGCCGAGCGGCGUCAGCCACGCCCCCGCCAGUACCGCCCAUCCCGGCCAACCUACCGGCGUCGAGACGGGCCUCUGGCGCGCCGAGCAGCCUGGGCGGUGCACCGCCCAGCGGCCCACCAACCCGGCCGCCGAGCAGCGCGCCACCACCUGGCGGUCCUUCCAAGGCCGCCACGCCGUCGCUCGACGACCUGCUCACACGGCCGCCGCCGGGCCGUCCUUCGUCCGGCGCAGGGGCGAAGAAGAAACGCGCGACCAACAAGUAUGUGGAUGUGUUCCAAGGAGGAGGGGAGUAG